AUGGCGGGCAUCCUGCAUCAUGGCGGGAUGAUGAUGGUCAUGCAUCACCAUGGCGUGACCCAUCGGGCCCCAAUCCGCGGCUGUUCCCUCUUGGCGGGAAACGCCGAGACCCCGCCCACGAAGGGAGGAGCCAAUCGCGACCCCGCCCGUUUCCAUAUAUGGAGAUGGGGCGUGGCCAUGGGGACGCGCGGCCGCGAGGGGGCGUGGCCUCGCCGUGUCAUGGCGGCGCCCGCAGCGGACGCCCCUCCGGGGGUCCCCGAACCCCCCGGGACCCCUCAGGACGCGGCCCCGGAGGAGCCCGAGGAGGCCGAGUUCCCCCCGUACGAGCUGAGCCGCCCCCCGCACCCGGUGUGGGGGGCGCGGCAGGAAUUCGCUCGGCGCCCCGAAAACUUCCUGCGAGGCUGCAAAUGGGCCCCCGAUGGCUCCUGUGUCCUGAGCUGCAGCAACGACAACGCCCUGAGGAUCUUCGACCUCCCCUUCCCCCCGGGACCCCCCCCGGGCGCGGCCCUGCCCGAGCUGGUCCCGGCCGUGCAGGUGGCCGAAGGUGACACCAUCUACGACUUCACCUGGUACCCCCUGAUGGACUCCAGCCAACCGCCCACCUGCCUGGUGGCCGCCAGCAGCCGGGACAACCCCGUGCACCUUUGGGACGCCUUCGACGGGAGCCUGCGGGGGUCGUUCCGCGCCCACAACCACCUGGACGAGCCGGUCGCCCCCCACUCUCUGGCCUUCUCCCCCGACGGCUCCCUGCUCCUGGGGGGCUUCGACGGCGCCGUCCGAGAAUUCCCGACGGAGCGGCCGGGCCGGAGCGGCCACGAGAGAGCGCUGCGGCACGGCGGGCAGGGCCAGCGGGGUCUGAUUGGCUGCCUGGCCUUCAGCCCCAGCCAAUCGCUGUUCGCCUGUGGCUCCUAUGGGCGGAGCCUGGGGCUGUACCCGCGGGAAGGGGGCGGGGCCGUGGCGCUCUGGCCACGCCUCCCUGCCGCGCCCACUCACCUGCGCUUCAGCCCCUGCGGGACUCGACUCUACGCGGGCGGGCGGAAGGACCGCCACAUCCUGUGCUGGGACCUUCGUGUCCCCGACCGUCCCCUCCUGGCGCUGCCGCGGCGCGUGGCCACCAACCAGCGCGUGACCUUUGACCUCGACCCGUCGGGGCAGUUCGUGGUCAGCGGUGACACCGACGGCUUUGUCACCGUGUGGGACACUCUGACCCCCCCCGGGCCCGGGGACCCCCCCGAGCUGCCCCCCCUCCUUCGCUUCCGCGCCCUCCGCGACUGCGUCAACGGCACCAGCCUCCACCCCGAGCUCCCUCUCCUGGCCACGGCCUCGGGCCAGCGGCUGUUCCCGGCGCCGUGGGACGGUGACAGCGACCGGGAGGGGACAGAGGACGGCCCGGCCCCGGGAGGGGACAUUCGGCUGCAGCUCUGGUGGUGGGGACCCGAGGAUGGCGGCUGGGACCCCCCCGGGGACACCGGGUGUCACCCCCCCGGGGACACUGAGAUGGGAGAUUGUCACCUCCCUGGGGACACCGGGUGUCACCUCCCUGGGGACAGCCAUUGUCACCUCCCUGGGGACACCGAGACGGGCGAUUGUCACCUCCCUGGGGACACCGAGAUGGGAGAUUGUCAGCUCCCUGGGGACACCGGGACCAGCGAUUGUCACCUCCCUGGGGACACCGAGUGUCACCUCUCUGGGGACACUGAGACGGGCGAUUGUCACCUCCCCGGGGACACCAGGACGAGCGAUUGUCACCUCCCUGGGGACAGCGAUUGUCACCUCCCUGGGGACACUGAGACGGGCGAUUGUCACCUCCCUGGGGACACCAGGACCAGCGAUUGUCACCUCCCUGGGGACAGCGAUUGUCACCUCCCUGGGGAUACCGAGACGGGCGAUUGUCCCCCCCCCUGGGGACACCAGUUGUCACCUCCCCGGGGUCACCGUUACCCGCGAUUGUCACCUCUUUGGGAACGCCGAGCGUCACCUCCCUGGUGACACUGAGACUACUGACUGUCACCUCCCUGAGGAUGCUGAGUGUCACCCCUUUGGGGACACCGACCGGGACACCCCCAGGGACACCGAGUGUCACCCUGCUGGUGGCACCGUGUGUCACCCAUCCGGGGACAACGGCUGGGAUGCCCUUGGGGACACCGGGCUCAGCCACCACACCUCUGCCGGGGGUGACACCGACUGUGACCCACCCUGGGGACAGUGACUGCCACCCUUGGGGACCACGGCUGUCACCCAGCGCUGACCCCUGGGGGUCACAGCCCCGCUGGGGACACCACGAGUGACACUGGGGACACCAGCGCUGACCCCUGGGGGUCACAGCCCCGCUGGGGGCACCAAAUGUCACCCUGUGUCACCCUGGGGACACCAGCGCUGGCCCCCGGGGGUCACAGCCCCGCUGGGGACACCAAAUGUCACCCUGUGUCACCCUGGGGACA